AUGUUACUGGGCAAGAUUGUGGAUACCAUUACUGGAAAAGAUGAUGGAAAAAAAGUUAAAGGAACAGUAAUUUUGAUGAAGAAAAAUGUUUUGGACUUCACUGAUAUAAAUGCAUCUGUUGUUGAUGGAGUUAUUGAGUUUCUUGGCCGGAACGUUUCUUUUCAGUUGAUCAGUAGUUCUGUUCAUGCAAAUGAUUCAGAAGCGAAACACAGCAAUCCAGCAUACUUAGAGAACUGGAUUACACACAUUACCCCAAUAAUAGCAGGGGAAUCGGCUUUUAGGGUCACAUUUGAUUGGGAUCACGAUGAGUUUGGAGUUCCAGGAGCAUUCAUUAUCAAGAAUUUACAUCUUAAUGAGUUCUUCCUCAAGUCACUCACACUUGAUGAUGUUCCUAAUCAUGGAAAAAUCCAUUUUGUCUGCAAUUCUUGGAUUUAUCCUUCUUUUAAAUAUAAGUCAGAUCGCAUUUUCUUUGCGAAUCAGGCUUAUCUCCCAAGUGAAACACCAGAAACAUUGCGAAAGUACAGAGAAAAUGAGCUAGUAACUUUGAGAGGAAAUGGUACUGGAAAGCUUGAAGAAUGGGAUAGGGUUUAUGACUAUGCUUGUUACAAUGACUUAGGUGAACCAGACAAAGGCAAAGAGUAUGCCAGGUCUAUCCUAGGAGGAUGCUCUGAGUACCCAUAUCCUCGUAGAGGCAGGACAGGUCGCAAACCAACCAAUACAGAUCCUAAUUGCGAGAGCAGGAUCCCAUUGCUUAUGAGCUUAGAUAUAUAUGUGCCAAGGGAUGAGCGAUUUGGUCAUGUGAAGAUGUCAGACUUCUUGACAUUGUCUUUAAAAUCCAUUAUGCAAAUGCUUCUCCCUGCGUUUAAGGCUUUGUUUGAUAACACACCUAAUGAGUUUGAUAGCUUUGUGGAUGUACUUAAACUCUAUGAAGGAGGAAUCAAGUUGCCUCAAGGCCCUUUGUUGAAAGCCAUUACUGAUAGCAUUCCUUUGGAAAUACUAAAAGACAUCCUUCAAACUGAUGGUCAAGGCCUACUUAAGUACCCAACUCCUCGAGUUAUUCAAGAGGAUAAAACUGCUUGGAGGACAGAUGAAGAAUUUGGGAGAGAAAUGUUGGCGGGAAUCAAUCCCGUCUUAAUAAGUGGACUCCAAGAAUUUCCUCCGAAGAGCAAGUUGGAUACUAACAUAUAUGGAAACCAAAACAGUACAAUUACCAAAGAACAUGUAGAGGAUAAGUUGGAUGGAUUAAUAAUAGAUGAGGCAAUCAAGACUAACAAGAUAUUUAUACUGAACCACCAUGACAUCGUCAUGCCAUAUUUGAGGAGAAUUAACAUGUCGGCAAACACAAAAGCCUAUGCCUCAAGAACUCUGCUCUUCCUACAAGAUAAUGGAACUUUGAAGCCACUAGCAAUUGAACUAAGUUUACCACAUCCUGACGGAGAUCAAUUUGGUACUGUUAGCAAAGUAUAUACACCAGCUGACCAAGGUGUUGAAUGUUCUAUUUGGCAGUUGGCCAAAGCCUAUGCAGCAGUGAAUGACACGGGCAUUCAUCAGCUCAUUAGCCACUGGUUGAAUACACAUGCUGUGAUGGAGCCAUUUGUGAUUGCAACAAAUAGGCAACUAAGUGUGCUUCACCCCAUUCAUAAACUUCUUCAUCCUCAUUUCCGUGACACGAUGAACAUAAAUGCUUUAGCAAGACAGAUCUUGGUCAAUUGUGGUGGUUUUGUUGAGAUGUUUCUAUUUCCUGCAAAUUAUUCCAUGGAAAUGUCAGCAGUAGCUUACAAAGAUUGGGUUUUCCCUGAACAAGCACUUCUUUCUGAUCUCAUCAAAAGAGGAGUGGCCGUUGAGGACUCGACCUGCCCACAUGGCGUUCGCUUAUUGAUUCAGGACUAUCCAUAUGCUGUUGAUGGCCUGGAAAUUUGGUCAGCAAUCAAAAGUUGGGUAACAGAAUAUUGCAACUUCUAUUACAAAUCAGAUGAGACAGUACAGAAAGACGGUGAACUCCAAGACUGGUGGAAGGAAAUUCGUGAAGAAGGACAUGGUGACAAGAAAGAUGAGCCCUGGUGGCCUAAAAUGGAAACUGUGCAAGAGCUCAUAGAUUCUUGCACCAUCAUAAUAUGGAUAGCUUCAGCACUUCAUGCAGCCGUCAAUUUUGGGCAAUACCCUUAUGGUGGUUACCUUGUUAAUCGCCCUACAUUAAGCCGAAAGUUCAUGCCAGAAGCGGGAAGUGCUGAGUAUGAAGAGCUCAAGACAAAUCCAGACAAGGUAUUCCUCAAGACAAUCGUUCCACAGUUGCAGACAUUGCUUGGAAUUUCCGUGUUAGAGAUCUUGUCAAGGCAUGCUUCAGAUGAGGUUUACUUGGGACAAAGGGAUACCCCUGAAUGGACAAAGGAUCAAGAACCACUUUUAGCUUUUGAGAGGUUUGGAAAGAAGCUGAAUGAUAUCGAGGAUCGAAUUAUGAAGAUGAAUGGUGAUCAUAAAAAUUGGAAGAACAGGUCAGGGCCUGUUAAAGUUCCAUAUACUUUGCUCUUUCCCACAAGUGAAGAGGGACUCACCGGCAAAGGAAUUCCUAACAGCGUGUCUAUAUAA